UCCACCCUGGUUUCCAGUGUCUCCACUGUGAGCCAGUCCAUCAUGGUGUCAGAGUCCCCACAAGUCUUGGUGCACUCCAGCGUCGUCACCGACGGAGCCACAGUUGUGUCAGACUCCACUGCAUCCACAUCCUCAGACUUGGGUUCUGCCAUUGACAAGAUCAUUGAGUCCACCAUUGGGCCUGACAUCAUCCAGAGCUGCAUCGCCGUGACCAGUGCGGAGGAUGGAGGAGCAGAGACCACACAGUACCUCAUUCUGCAAGGCCCUGAUGAUGGUGCCCCCAUGGUGUCCCAGAUGGCCACUUCUGCUCUGGCCAGUAGCUUGGCAAUAGAAGCUGUUGCUGAUGGACCAACCUCCACGUGCCUUGACCAGCCUGGCCCUUCAGAGCCUUCUGAGCAGCUGGAAGUGCUGGAGCUGCCCACACAGCCAGACCAGGCCCAAGACGCAGAUGGUGGGGAGGAGCUGGACCAGCCAGACAUGGAGACCCUGGAAGAGAUGAUGGAGGUGGUGGUGGUGCAGCAGUUCAAGUGCAAGAUGUGUCAGUACAAGAGUGUCUCCAAGAAAACACUGAUUAACCACAUGAAAGAGCGUCACUUCCAGCCAGUGGGUUCAGCUCUAGCUUUGAAGAAAGGACGUCAACGAAAGGCAGGAGCUGCUCCAAAGGCAGAGGAGGAGGAGGCCCCAGAAGAAGAAGAUGAUGAUAUCAUGGAUGCUGGUGCUAUUGAUGACCCUGAAGAGGACAGUGACUACAACCCAGCUGAGGAUGAGCCCCGUGGACGACAGCCCAAGUAUGGCCGCACUGUCCCCACGUCCAGUGAGGAGAGGCCACGUCGACGCCCAGGGAGACCCCGCAAGCCUCUUCGUCUGGAGGACAUGCCUCAGGAUGUGCCGGAAGGAGCUGAGGGGGAGCCCUUGGUGACAUCCCAAAGCACACCAAGCUGUGAGCUGCAGAACUCGGAAGCAGCCAGUUCUUCUGGCCUGGAGAACGGGACUGGGGAGAGCCUGGCAGAACCCAGCAUCAGCCAGUCUGACUCUGAGAACAAGGACCCUUCAUCCAACACCGGUGCUGAGGAGGCUGACAUGGUCCCCCGGCGGCGUGGACGACCCUCCCGCCGCUUCCUGGGCAAGAAAUACCGCAAGUACUACUACAAGUCCCCCAAGCCCCUGAUGCGGCCGUACCUGUGUCGGAUCUGCGGCUCGCGGUUCCUCACACAUGAUGAUCUGCGCUUCCACGUCAACUCCCACGAGGCCAAUGACCCACAGCUCUUCAAGUGUCUUCAGUGCAGCUACCGCUCCCGGCGCUGGUCCUCACUCAAGGAACACAUGUUCAAUCAUGUGGGCAGCAAACCCUACAAGUGUGAAGAGUGCAAUUACACGAGUGUAUACAAGAAGGAUGUCAUCCGGCACUCCACAGUGCACAGCCGAGACAGGAAGAAGAGAGCUGAUCCGCCACCAAAGCUGAACUCCUUCCCGUGCCCUGUCUGCAACCGUGUAUACCCCAUGCAGAAGAGGCUUACGCAGCACAUGAAGACACACAGCACGGAGAAACCACACAUGUGUGACAAGUGUGGGAAGUCCUUUAAGAAGCGCUACACCUUCAAGAUGCAUCUGCUGACACACAUCCAGGCCAUUGCCAACCGCAGGUUCAAGUGUGAGUUCUGUGACUAUGUCUGCGAGGACAAGAAGGUCUUGCUGAACCACCAGCUGUCACACAUGAGCGACAAACCCUACAAGUGCAGCUUCUGCAAGUAUUCCACCUUCCGGGAGGACUUCCUGGUCUCGCACAUGGCAGUCAAGCACACAGGGGGAAAGCCUUUUGCUUGCGAGUUCUGUCACUUCACCACCAAGCACAAGAAGAACCUGCGCCUGCACGUGCACUGCCGCCACGCCGACUCCUUCGAGGAGUGGGCACAGAGGCACCCCGAGGACUCACCGGCACCUCUUGGCCCCAUCACCUGCCACACGGUCCAGGCAGUCACGGGAGCAGAGCCCUCUGUCCUCUCACAGGGUUCCCUGGAAGGGGCCACCAUCAUCUAUGAACAAGAUGUGGCUGGGGGCGCAGGGAGGGCCACCAACACAGUGGCAGUGGUGAAGCCAGGUGACCCAGGAGAGGCAUCAGGUCCCUGUGAGCCGCAGGCACAGGAGGAGGGGGCAAAGGCAGACUCUGAGGAACAGCAGAAGUUGGUGAUGCUGCACAUGGCAGAGCCUGGGCAGACGCUGGUGCAGGAGGCUUAUGGGGAGGCGAGCCUGGGUGGCUCGGAGCUGCAGCAGAUUGCCAUCCCCUUCAGUGGGACGACUGAGUACAGCAUCAUUGCACCCAUCAGUGAGGAGAUCCAGGCUCCUGGCACGCUGUACAGUAGUGAGGAGAGCCCUAUGGAGACCUCUCACGCGGUUGUGGUGAGUGGAGCUGUGAUGACAGAGGAGGCUCUGAAGGACCAUAGCAAUCACUACAUCAUGUCAUCCAGUGUCCCAGGGAGCCAGUUUCAUCCUGUGGAGCCUGUCAACGGAGACGCUGCCUUCCCCUCGCCUGCAGAGGGCCAGGAGGCACAGCCUGCCAGCGUCAAGUGGCCCCUGGUGCAGUGUGUCACCAGGCAGCUCCAGAAGGACUCAUCUUUAUCCCCAGCCUCUGAGGGGCAGGAAGUCUCAUCCCCAAAGACGAAGUGGCCUGCACUCCAAGGCAUGGCCAAGAAGCUCUCAUGCAAGGUUUCCACAGCCAAGAAGCUCUCGUGCAAGAUUUCCACAGCCAAAAAGUUUUCAUGCAAGAUUUGCACAGCCUUGUUCACAGGGAGAGCGGAGAUGGAGAGUCACAAAAGAGCCCACAUUGGGCCCAGCACCUUCAAGUGUCCCGACUGUCCCUUCACUGCCACACUCUGGCCGGAAGUCCGGGUCCACAUGGUGCAGCACGCCAAUCUCCGGCCGCACAAGUGCCCCCACUGCAGCUUCGCCUCCAAGAACAAGAAGGACCUGCGCAGGCACAUACUGACCCACACCAAUGAGAAGCCCUUCGCCUGCCAGGUCUGUGGGCAGAGGUUCAACCGUAAUGGGCACCUCAAGUUCCACAUGCAGCGUUUGCACAGCUCAGAGGGGAAGAGGACAGGGCCAGCUGCUGCCCAGCAGACCAUCAUCCUGAACAGUGACGAGGACACCCUGGCCACCCUGCACACGGCUCUGCAGGCUGGCCAGGCCGUGUUGGCUCCCGAGCAGCUGCAGCAGGCUCUGGGGCAAGAGCACAUCCUUGUUGCACAGGAGCAGAGUGUCACCAGCCAGGAGGAGGCAGCCUACAUCCAGGAGAUCACAACUGCUGAUGGACAGACAGUACAGCACUUAGUGACUGCUGACAACCAGGUUCAGUACAUUAUUGCCCAGGAUGGCGUCCCACACUUGCUUCCCCAAGAGUAUGUUGUUGUUCCAGAGGGACAUCACAUCCAGGUACAGGACGGUCAGAUCACCCACAUCCAGUAUGAACAGGGCAGCCAGUUCCUCCCAGAGUCACAGAUCCAGUACAUGCCUGUCUCACCUGAGCAGCAGCUGGUCACCCAGGCACAGCUGGAGGCAGCAGCACACUCAGCUGUCUCAGCAGUGGCGGAUGCGGCGAUGGCCCAGGCACAGGGUGUCUUCGCUGCCGAGGCAGCGGCCGAGCAGAUCCAGCAGCUGCAGCCAGGGAUCCACUACGAUGUCAUCACACUGUCAGACUAG